AUGUCUGUGCACGCAAAGCCGAAGCGCGAUUUUAGAAGAACCCAGGGCGCGCAGGCUGCACCAAAAAGGGACGAGAAUAAAGGCCCUAAUCAUUGGAAAAGAACAUUUGUGGAUUCCCAAUCAUCUAAUGCUCAAUCUGAUGGUACGGAUGGUAUUUCUGAGGAUUUAAAAGAAGGUGAAUUGUGCAUUAUUUGUGCUGACCACAUGAAAUAUGCUGCGCUUUCGCCUUGCCAUCAUGUCACCUGCAAUAAGUGUACCUUUCGACAACGUGCAUUAUAUGGUAAGAAAACAUGUUUGGUUUGCAGAACAGACGUCAAGUUAGUAGUUUUCACGGCAGAUACUGCUGCCAACUUUGAUGAUUUUAGUCCAUCCAAUUACGUCGAAGUAAACGAAUCUUAUGGGGUCGCGUUUACAUCGUCUGAUGUUUCGUCGGCCACUUUGCGUCUCUUGGAAUUUAUUUGUCCCUAUGGUGAUAGCGGAGAUCUGGACUAUGGUAGCUUUAAGAAAUUCAAUGCUCAUUUGAAGUCGGCCCAUAAUAAGACAAUUUGCAUGAUAUGUGCCCAACAUAAAAAGGCCUUUCCCUCGGAGCUGAAAAUUUAUACCCCAAACCAACUACGUGCUCAUCAGUCGAAAGGUGAUUUUGAAGGUUUCCAAGGACAUCCAAUGUGCGGGUUCUGUUCUGGUCAGAGGUUUUACUCAGAUGAUGAACUUGCUGUCCAUAUGAGAGAUCGCCACGAGAGAUGUCACAUUUGUGAUCAAAUUGAUUCAAAGCACCCACAGUUUUUCAAAGACUAUGAUCAAUUAUUUCAGCAUUUCAAGCAUGAGCAUUUCAUUUGCACUGUUCAAUCUUGUCUAGAUAGUAAGUUUGUGGUUUUUCGUGACGACUUAGAUUUGCAAGCUCACAUUCUAAGGGAGCAUGGAAGCAUCCUGGGAUCAGCCAGAGGCGGCAUAUCUGUUUCAGGGGGAAGAAGGUUUCAGUCUCAGCUAUCAACAUUCAUGCCAUCUUCACGAGGUAUUGGCAAUGAAAAUCAGUUUGAUUCAUCAGCAGCCAGAGAGUCAAAUUCAACCAAUUCAGAUAAUUCACGCGAGGUGAAAAAAUUGAGAAUGGAAGAACGGGCAAGGCACUAUUUAAAUUAUUCACAUUCGGAUUUUGAUUCCUUCUUAUCUAUCAAUGAAGGCUAUCAGAAAAGAAUGAUCACCGCGGAAGAUGUAUUUCAUGCCUAUCAGGAUCUUUUCAAAUCUGAGGAAGCCGAUAUAGUACUACUCAUUUACGAUUUUUCAGAAAUGUUUCCUGAAAAUUCGGCUGCCUACAAGGAUCUGCGUGUAAUAUAUGAACGAGAACAGAAGAAAAAGGAUCUUCAAACCAAUUUCCCAUCAUUAAGCAGAUCAAAUUCGUCAUUGCUGGCGGGAAAUGUAAUCGGUGGAUCUUGGGGAUCGUCCUCAUCCUCAAAGCCAACUGGAAAAUACAACUUUCCUGCGUUGAAGAAACCUACGAACUCUCAACCGAUUUUUGGCGCAAACAAUAAGUUAUCUUACAAGCCCCUGCAUACCACAGCCAGCCCGCGUCCUGUAGUAAAAAAGACCGUUCCUACAGGUGCAGCAAAUUACAAACCAACCUAUCUGGAAAAAAAUCGUGCAGCGUCUCCAUCAAUACCGAAAGAAAAGUUUCCACCAUUGCCCAAAGUCCAAACCAAAAAAUACCGUGCACCACCUCUUCAGCAACCAAAUAUCCCUGAUCCGAGCCAAUGGAGUAAGUCGUCUUUGGAUAGCGAGUCGGAAAGUGGCGACCUUCAUUCCAAUAACUCCUCGAGUAGCUUGAGUUCGGGUGGUAAGAAGAAAGGGAAGCAGAAACAGCUUUUGUUCCACAUUGGUAUAUAA